AAAACAGCUGUUCUGCUGGAUGGUCGCGUUACUCGCGUUGACAGGGACGACGUUCAAGCGGAUGAGAGAUCCAUCGGAAAUCCAGGCACUUAAAUGAUAUCGCGAAUAUUCCGUGGGGAAAUCGAGAAUGUCGCGGUCAAACGCAAACGGCAAAUCGACACUCUGAAAAUUUUUAACGACAAUGUGAUAGAGCUCAGAGAAAAUGUGGACUAUCAGGUGGAAUUUCAAGCUGGCGAUAGACGAAUGGCCAUUAUGGUUUCCCUGUCGCCGAAUUUCCCACUGGAGAAGCCGGUGCUCAGAGUUUCCCCACCGAUAAGCCAUCCCUGGUGCAACGAGCAUAGUGAAAUUACCAGCGCGCCAGGAUUACUCAACGUAAGCAGGAAAAUCUGUACCAAAAACUCUUCUGAAUUAUAUAUUAUUAUAUGCGUAAUGGCAGUAAGAGUAUGCAGUAAGAC